UAUUGCAGUGACUCCUCUCGACUCUGGUUUGGCUUCGCGCAUCGGUUCAUGAGGUUCCCGAGACCCGUAGGACGGACGGACGACAAGGUAAGCCGACACAACAGGGCCGCCAAUGUUCACGGCUCCCGGCACACAGCAGACGCUAGCGGAGGAGCGUAGGAGUGGAUAUGACACCACAUGGCAAGGCUCCGCCGUCACACUCGCCUCUGCUUGUGGCUCGGAAGCUUCUCCCGUCAAUUGAACAUUCCCAAUAGCUGGCGCCGAGCUAUAGCCUUUCGGUCGACGCCCCAAGCAAUUGGACAAUCAAAUCAGCCCAUCCAAUGGUUUAGUCCUGUGCAGCUCGGCGGCAGUGUCGGUCCCUGGCCGUGACAGCUGAAGGCCGCUGACAGCUCAGCUGGCAAUCACUGUUCACCACACCACACUAAACUGCAAGCCGAGGAGCCGUCGUCAUCGUUCCCAAAAAAGAACCUUGGCCUCCUUGGCAGGCCGUUUUUGCCAAUGGACAACAUAACAAAAGGAGGUCGUCAUUCUAUCUCUCCUUAUUCCACCGUAUCGCGAAGGUUUCGAUCGCCCCGCGAAGCCCACGCGACUCAGGCCCAGCCCGGCGCGCGCUCAUUUGCGCCUAUUUCUAAUUCUUGAUUCAACCGCCCCGCGUUCCGACGUACUGCGCAAAUUCCGUGAGGGGCGAGUUUGACGCGCCCAACCAGUUGGUAACUUUGGACGUGCUCGCGCUCGUCUGACUCCCUAGUACAUCUCAGCGACUGGGGUUGUCGUCUGGGGUGCCACCCCGCUGAGCCAACAAGGCGGCCUCGCUGUUGGUCCUCGAAGCUUUCUCGGGCGCCCGAGGCCUCCGCUGUUUAAGGCGCGAACUGCGGCCGUCACACUCGAUCAACGAUCCACCCUCUUCCUGCAUGGCCGACGCCUCAUAGCGGACUCCGCCGUCGUACGAAAUCGAGACAGAGGCGGGCGAGGCGCCAGCCCAGACGACACGCCCAAGAUGCAGGCCGCCAUGGGGGCUGGCAUCCGCCGCCGGCGACCCGUCAUGCUGGUAUGCAUCGUCGCCUCCUUCCUCGCCUUCUACCUGUACUACUCGCGCUCUGUCGAUCGGGAUGCUGCCCGUGUGGCCUGGCAGCCCGCGCCGGGUCCCGAUGACAAGCCGCCACAACAAGAGGCCGAGAGUGUCCAGAGGCCGCCCGAGUCCAACAAUGAUGUGCCUGCACAGAAGCCUCUGGUGCCCAUGUCAUAUGGCACCGCCGCCCGUCCGCCAUUCAAGGACCUGAAGAACAUCUUGGCCGACCUGCCGUCGGACCUAGUGCCGCAGCCGGGGACUGUCGAUGGGGCGGGCUCUGGGCGACCGAAGCGUCUGGUUAUCGUAGGCGAUGUGCACGGGAUGAAGGCGUCACUUGAGCGCCUCCUCGAGAAGGUAGGAUUCAAACGCGAGGGUGGCGACCACCUGAUCAUCGUUGGAGACCUGAUCAACAAGGGCCCUGACAGCGCCGGCGUUGUUGAGCUGGCCAUGUCACUCGGCGCUAGUGCCGUCCGUGGCAACAACGAGGACCGCGUCAUACUGGCCCACCAGGCCAUGAAGACCCGUCUAGUGCCCGGCACCGACGGCAACGACGGCCCCGCCGCCUUUGGCAUCUCGCCAGACUCGGCCCUUCUCGGAGAAGGGGGCGCAGCUGCGGCCAAGGCGUCUGCUGAAAAGCCGCCGUCAGCGUCGCGGUCGGCACCAGCUGCCGGUAGCGACAUCGAGGCCGACAUGCUGGAGCAGAACCCCUUUUCGCACGGCGACCAGGGGGACCGCGGCACUGUGGCUUCACUCACCCCGGCGCAGCUCGCCUGGCUGGCCGACCUGCCCGUGAUACUGCGCAUCGGCACGAUCCGGGAGUCGCCCUUCACGAACCUCGUUGUCGUGCACGCCGGCAUGGUGCCCGGGAUCGCUCCCGAGAAGCAAGACCCCUGGGCCGUCAUGAACAUGCGCACCCUCAAAUACCCGGGCCGGGAUGCUCGCAAAGAGCGCGUCAAGGAGGAGCUCGAGGAGGCCGAUAAGAAGGGGGUGGCCGCCUCAUCCAACCCGUUGUCGUCGUCAGCCGUCUCGGCACAUCAGGUGGAGGCGGAACUGGCGAGCCGGCGGAGAAAGGGCAAGGAGCGGGACGGACACGACGACGUUGCGGUGCCGGUCGAGGGUCGCGACGGCGAGCAAUGGACCGAUGCCUGGGCACGGUACCAACGCAACCAGGUGUCGCGCGACCAAGACCGCGUCACGGUGGUGUACGGGCAUGAUGCCCGCCGGGGCCUCAGCGUGCCGCCCGUCGACAGAACGGACAGGCUCACGCCAGGCUCGACCUUUGGGCUCGACUCGGGAUGCGUGUACGGCCGCCAGCUCACCGCACUCGUGAUAGUGGCCACAGCAAAGGGCAAGAUCCACCACGAGAUCGUCCACGUCAAGUGCGAGGGUGGGCGUGCAGGCAAGGGCAGGAGAGGCAGGAAGUAACGGGUGGCCCUGGAUCCGGCAACUAUUUCAUACUCUAUUUGAGCUCGUUUCCCUGCUUAUAUCCUUCUCUGCUUUUAUACAUUCUGCAAAUCAGGGAAAGCAUGCCGUCUUCCUUUGGCACAUGUCGGUGGUCAUCCUGAGCCAUAUACACGGGCGUUGCAUACAGGGUAGAUAAUUGCUCAAGGAUAUAGAAUACUGGGAGCACAUGAAUUAGAAAUUACGACUAGCUACGAGAUAACCAGAGCCUCCACGAUACCGCUCAGGGAGCUGUGUCUGUAUCGACCUUGUUAGGGAGUGUCCGAAUGCUUGUAGAGGCAGGUUAGGG